CUGAUGUUCACACGUCCUCUAAAUAUCUUCUCUAUGCAAUUAAAGGAAAUUAUGGAGAUGAAGAUAAAUAUUUUGGCCAAGAUUAUAUAGAAUUGCGGUUUAUAGCAAUCGUUAUUUUGCUAAUUAUUACUGCGUAUCAUAUGUAUUCCAGUAAAUUGGCAAUCAAAAUUAAUACGGCAUUUGCCAUAAUUAAAAUUUUGAUUUUGGUUAUCAUUUCAUUAGUUGGAUUAGUAAAAUUAAAAGAAGCUGAUUCCAAAAAUCAUUGGAUUGACAUUUUCAAUAAUAUAUCAUCAGAUCAAAGAUCUAUUUCAGAGCAGAUUGGAAAUCAUGUUAAUGUUAUGUUAAAG